AUGAUUAUUUUCAAGGACAUUUUCUCAGACGAUGAGUUGCUCUCAGAUGCAUACGACACCAAGGAGGUUAAUGGAGUUGUGAUUGAAGCCGACUGUCAAUUGAUCAAAGUUAAGGAUGGUGCAGACGUUGAUAUUGGAGCCAACCCUUCUGCUGAGGUUGGUGAUGAUGAUUUAGAGGAUGGUCCAGUUGAAACUGUCAACAAUGUUGUUUAUUCGUUCAAUUUGCAGCCAACUACCUUCGAUAAGAAGUCAUUUAUGGUCUAUAUUAAGUCGUACAUGAAGAAGGUCAAGGCCUACUUGACAGAGCAUGAUCCUGAUCAGGUUGAAGUGUUUGAAAAGGGUGCCACUGCUUACGUUAAGAAGGUUCUCAAGUCAUUCAAGGACUGGGAGUUUUAUACGGGAGAAUCUAUGGAUCCUGAUGCCAUGGUUAUCUUGUUGAAUUAUAGAGAAGACGGUACUACUCCAUUUGUUGCCAUCUGGAAGCAUGGAGCAAAGCACGAGAAGAUCUAA